CUUUCCCGACUUCCCCCCAACACCUUUCCCAUUCAUUCCAUUUUCCGCAUACAAAUCUGAUUGAUUCCCUCAGAGUUAUUCGUUACUGCUAUGGCUUCCUCUACUUCCUCUCUCCCUGCGCCUCUCUCUUUGCCACGCGGACACACACGCGCCGCUCAACGAUCCGUUGUGUCUCCGUCUUCCACUCACCGCCCCCAGAGUCGAUCUACCGGAGGACUCUCAUUUCCCUUCCGCUUCCGCACCCUGAAGGUGCGUAGGGUUCCUUCUGUUGCUGCUCCUCUCCCUCUCAAGGUUCUCUGCACGCGCCAAUCCAGCAGAGAUUUGGUUACCAAAGAAUCCUGGGAAAAAUCGAUUCUGAACAGUGAAAUCCCUGUACUUGUUGAAUUUUAUGCAAGUUGGUGUGGCCCCUGCAGGAUGGUCCACCGGGUGAUCGAUGAGAUUUCAUCUGAGUAUGCCGGGAGACUAAAAUGCUUUGUGCUCAACACUGAUAACGACUCGCAGAUUGCCGAGGACUACGAAAUCAAGGCGGUACCUGUGGUUUUGCUGUUCAAGGAUGGGUUGAAACGUGAUACUGUGGUAGGUACCAUGCCAAAGGAGUUUUAUGUGGCUGCCAUUGAUAGGGUCCUGGAACCACCCUUGAAGUGAAGUUGAUGAUUUUCCCUCACCCUACAAACAUUUAUAAUAGUUUGAAUCUUCCAUUGGAUGUGUGUUAGAUUGCUUACCGGAUACCAGCAUAUGUAAUGUAGGUGCUGGACUUUAGGAAUAGUUCAUGGCCAUUAUCAUGAUGGAGACUAUGUUUUGUAGAUAUAUCUUGAUUCUUCCUUUCAAUUUUGUAAAUUUGAACAUGAUUGGUUAAAUCCAAGAUGAGUGUUGAUUCGGAACCAUACAA